GACAAAAACCCAAAGAAAUUCUCAUUCACUGGUCUUAAAUUACACAAUUCUUAGUAUCCGAUCUCCUGUCGCUUCUUGGUCCCUUCGCCUUCGAUGCUAAUUUGGUCCCCAUUUUUCGGUUCUCCCACCGAUCAGUUUUCCAGCCCAAGUGUCUCCAGCCACACUGGGAGGUGAUGUUGGUUAAUGCUCUCUGAUGGUCGCUUAUCACCUCUGUAUCUUCCGGCUACUUCCAACCUGUGGAUGUUCAGAUCAUCUGCAACAGAGCCUUUCGAAGAGAAAUUUGGAUUCCCCUCCCCCUGGGCAAAGGAGAACAAACCCCUGGCCAAAGUCUCAUUUAAAAAAUUUUAAUUUGUAUCAUUUCCAACAUCCCCCACCGCCCUCAAGUCCCCUCGAAGUCCUCAGGGUCCCAAGUCCCUUUAAGUUCCCAGGGCAGCUCUGGGGACUGCGUGGGGUGGGGGUCCCGGGGGCCGUGCCCCCCUCCCUCUGCGGGGCGGUGCGGGGCCGGUCCCCCGCCCUGAGCGCGCUCCGUUCCCGUUCCAGGCGUUCAUUCCCGGUCAUGGAGCCCAGGCAGGCGGACGUGUCCAUCCCACUGCAGUCCUCCGGGUGGGGGGCGGCCGCCCCCGGGUCCCGGUCCGACCCGCCGCCCCGGGACUACGUGCUCUGGUCGGUGUUGAACGUGCUGCUGUGGUGCGCGGUGGGCGGGCUGGGCUGCCUCGGCUUCCCCCCGCUCGUCUACUCCAUCAAGGCCCGUGACUGCAAGCUGGUGGGCGACCUGGAGGGCGCCCGACGCCACAGCGACCGCGCCAAGGUGGCCAACAUCGUCUGCUCCGUGGUGGUCGCCGUCGUCGGGCUGAUCGUCAUCAUCAUCACGGCCAUCAUCAUCUCCACGCUCAGAGCCGCCUGACCACCGCCUGGCCCCACCCGCGGGGUGCUUCCCCUCCCUCCUGCCUCCAAAAUGUGCCCGCUCGGGGCGCGGGGGCGAAGGGAGUGCCCCCCGGUCCCCGGCUGCCCACAGCGCGGUGUCCCCGCUCAGGCUGGGGCGGGGGGGACAGCCACCUCCCUUUGCUCUCGUCACGCGCGUCCUGGCACCUGUGACACACCUGUCGCUCACCGAUGCCACCAAUAAAGUUCCUCCCGCCAAACCCCCUCGUUGUCACCUCAUUCACCGCGGGGAGUCCUCGGGCAUCUUUCGUUUGUCCUCCCCCUCCCGCUCCUCUUCCUGCCUCCAUCCUGCCGCUUCCAG